GAUUUGGAUGUAAAACUUACGUUGGGUAAAAAGCCCAAUUUGCAGCCCAUCAAAAAAUGGCGAUUUCCAUCGGCCUGCUUUCUCGGACCAGCGCCGUCUCAGUCAACGGAAUCCCAGCUCAGUGGACGGAGGGCAUUGGACGACGGGGAGCGCCAUGGCUACCAAAUCGGCGAAGCCUCCGAGGAAAUCAGCCAUUUCCAGCUACAGAUAUUGUCGAAAUCCAAAGCUUGUAUUUUCGUUAUUUUUGUUACUGGCUGAUGCCAUCCUCGUCGCCCUCAUCAUUGCAUUUGUCCCCUAUACUAAAAUUGAUUGGGACGCUUACAUGUCACAAGUAAGUGGAUUUUUGGGAGGGGAGAGGGAUUACAGCAAUUUGCAAGGAGACACUGGACCUCUAGUUUAUCCAGCUGGGUUUUUGUAUAUUUAUUCUGCCAUACAGUAUGUCACUGGAGGAGAGGUAUAUCCAGCACAGAUUCUUUUUGGUGUCUUGUACAUUAUAAAUCUGGGAAUUGUUUUAUUCAUCUAUGCAAAGACCGAUGCGCUUCCGUUCUGGUCUUUUUGCUUACUCUCCCUCUCCAAACGAGUGCACUCCAUCUUUAUGCUCCGUCUAUUCAAUGACUGCUUUGCCAUGACUCUUCUCCAUGCUGCAUUGGCCUUAUUUCUUUUACGAAGGUGGAACCUUGGAUUAAUCAUCUUCAGUUUUGCGGUUUCUAUAAAGAUGAACAUUCUUCUGUAUGCUCCACCUUUAUUACUUUUGAUGUUAAAGGCUCUAAAUAUUGGUGGAGUGAUAACAGCUUUAGCUGGGGCUGCUCUUGUGCAGAUUCUUUUGGCACUUCCUUUUAUAGUUUCACAUCCAUUUGCAUACGUAUCAAGAGCUUUUAAUCUUGGGCGCGUCUUCAUCCACUUUUGGUCCGUUAACUUCAAGUUCGUCCCCGAACCAAUUUUUGUGUCGAAGCAGUUUGCUGCUUUGUUGCUGAUUACUCACCUAAUAUUGUUGGCAGUUUUUGCUCAUUACAAGUGGUGCAAGCAUGAAGGUGGGAUUUUCAAAUUCAUCCAUUCACAAUUUCUCUCCAUCAAACUUAGAUUGGCUCUUGUCAGUUCUUUUCCCAAGCCGACGUCUAAGAAUGACAAGCCAUCCUUCAAGUUACUCACGGAAGAACAUGUUGUAACAACCAUGUUUGUUGGGAAUUUCAUCGGAAUUCUGUGUGCUAGAUCAUUGCAUUAUCAGUUCUACUCAUGGUACUUCUUCUCGAUUCCAUAUCUGUUGUGGAGGACAUCGUUCCCUACAUUAUUACGUUUGCUUGUGUUUGCAGGGAUAGAGUUUUGUUGGAAUGUCUAUCCUUCUAAUAUGUACUCCUCCAUCUUGCUUCUAAGUCUUCACCUACUUUUGCUUUGGGGUUUGUGGUCUGGUCCAGCAGAGUAUCCUUAUGUUCGCAGUGAAGCAUUAGACAGAAAACAAAAAUGAAAAACACAAACACCUCCUUCUUCCUUCUUCCUCUUGCAGAUGGGUCUUGGAUAAUAUCGUAAGACAACGGGUCAACUUCAGGUUGUCGAGCAUCAAAUUUGAGGCUGAUUUAGGUUAAGUAUUUGAACACACCCUUGAAAGCUGCUGUUGUCUUUACUCUUGUUUUUUGUAGGUUCACUCUAUAUUAUUAAUCAUAGUGCUGCUAAAUGAAAGAAAAACCAUAACUUACACAGUUGUGCUUGGGGUUUUUGAGUUCAACAUGAAAUUGUUGCAAUUUGAAUUUGAAAGUUCCAAGAUUCCAAGAA